UUCGGGUUCAGACGUGUUCGCGCGCGAAGCGAGCAAAGAAGCUUUGCUAGCUAACAGCUAAAGUUAGUUAGUUCCUCACAGGCAUCCGGGUUUUUCGCAAACUCGGGCUCAGUUGACCGCAUGCGUCUUUUCCUUUUGUUACUAGCAUUCUUAAUGACAAAUGUACUCAUUAGUUUGGUAUUAUUUAUCUGACUAACAUGUUUGGUAGCAGCACAGAGGAGGUAGGCGACACCUCGGGAUGUGGGCUCCCGUGGGGGGAGUCCCCAAUGGGCCGAAGUCAACGCAAUGAAACGACCUCGUACGGUCCCGCGUCAGUUUCCUCCGGUUCAUCCCACCGGGGUUUAGAGGAAGGCAGCGCAAGCUCCGGCCACGGCUCGUCUCUCCCCCAAGUGGCCUCAGGUCCGUCCCAUCAGAGCUUCAGGUCGGGCAGGAAUUCCUCCCUCGUGUUUACCUCGGACAGCUCCUCCCUGCGCAGCCGUGGAGGAUCGCCAAAACGCCGGUGGACGCCAGCCUUUCCCGGGGCCACUGGCGCGCACCCAUCACGCACGCCGUUGACGGACCACACCGCAACGAGUUGCUCCUCGGCGACCACGACAUCCGGGGCCUCCGUGAUUGUAGCGGUGGUUGAAGGGCGCGGUUUGGCUCGGGGAGAGAUUGGCAUGGCCAGUCUCAAUUUGAAUUGUCCAGAGCUCGUACUCUCGCAGUUCGCAGACACCGGGACGUAUGCCAAGGUCAUAACCAAGAUUCACAUAUCGGUGCCACUAGAAAUACUUAUGCCUGACACCGCCAGUGAGAAGGGGAAAGGGACAAAGCUGUUCAGCUUCAUCACAGAGAACUUCCCGGGAGUAGCUUUCACUGCUAUCCAAAGGAAGUAUUUUAAUGAGAGGAAAGGACUGGAAUACAUCCAGCAGCUGUGUGCUCCAGAAUUUGGCACUGUCCUCAUGGAAGUGCAAGCUAAGUAUUAUUGCCUCGCAGCAGCUGCUGCUUUGCUGAAGUAUUUAGAAUUCAUCCAGAACUCCGUCUACGGCGGCAAGUCUCUCAAAGUGAUCUUUAAAGGGAGUGAGCAGACUGCGAUGAUUGACUCGACAUCUGCAAUUAACUUGGAGUUGGUUGUCAAUAACAGAGACCACAGGAGCGAGCAUACUCUUCUCGGGGUUCUUAACCACACCAAAACAACCGGCGGUGCGAGAAGGUUGCGCUCCAAUAUCCUGGAGCCUCUCAUCGAUGUGGACACCAUCAACAUGCGCUUGGACACCAUACAGGAGCUGCUGCGGGAUGAGGAGCUCUUCUUCGGCCUGAAGGACGCCAUAGCGCAUUUCCUCGACAUUGACCAGCUGCUCUCGGUUCUAGUCCAAAUUCCAAAGCAGGAAACGGUUCAGGUUGCUGAAGCAAAAAUUACACACGUCAUUCAACUGAAACACACACUGGACCUGGUGCCACGGUUACGGAUGGUGUUGAAGAACUGCAAUACAGCUCUGCUCAAGGCAUACAGCACCGCACUGGAGGACAACAGAUUUGAUGUGAUCCUUGAGCAGAUCAAGACGGUGAUUAAUGAGGACAUUACCUAUCUGAAGGGGAGCCUGAACUUGCGCACCCAGAAGUGUUACGCUGUCCGCCCCGACAUCAACGAGUUCCUGGACAUUGCCCGCAGAGCUUACACUGAGAUAGUGGACGACAUUGCAGGGCUAGUGAGCCAGAUGGCAGAGAAAUAUGGUUUUCCAAUGCGUACCAGCUACAGCACAGCUCGAGGGUUCUUCAUUCAAAUGAAGCUGGAGGGAGUGGUCUUACCUGAAGGGAAACUCCCCACUGAGUUUAUCAAGGUAUCGAAGAACAAGAACAACUACAGCUUCACCAUUGCAGACCUAAUGAAGAUGAAUGACCGCUGUGAUGAGGCCCUGAGGGAGAUCUUUCACAUGUCCUAUGUGGUGAUGUGCCAACUGCUUAGCACUAUCCACCAGCACAUCCACUGCCUUUACAAGCUCUCGGAUGCCGUGUCCAUGCUGGACAUGCUGUUGUCGCUGGCCAAUGUAUGCACCAUCUCAGACUAUGUGCGCCCUGAGUUCACAGACACACUGGCCAUCAAGCAGGGUCGUCACCCCAUCCUGGAGCGGAUAGUUGGACAGAAGCCUGUGUCGAACAACAGCUACAUCUCCGAGGGCAGCAACUUUGUCAUCAUCACUGGACCCAACAUGAGCGGCAAAUCCACCUACCUCAAACAGGUGGCGCUGUGUCAGAUCAUGGCUCAGAUAGGCUCCUUUGUGCCCGCUGAUUAUGCUGCUUUUCGUAUUGCUGAUCAGAUUUUCACCAGAAUAGGCGUGGAUGAUGAUUUUGAAACUAACUCUUCCACCUUCAUGUUGGAAAUGAAGGAGAUCUCUUACAUAAUCCACAAUGUAAGUGACCGGUCCCUGAUCAUCAUAGACGAGUUGGGGCGGGGUACCAGUGCGGAGGAGGGCAUCGGCAUUUGUCACUCCGUCUGUGAGUUCCUCCUUAGCCUCAAGGCGUUCACCCUGUUUGCCACACAUUUCCUUGAGCUGUGCCAACUGGAGUCUCUAUAUCCCAAUGCGGAGAACCAGCACAUGGAGGUUCAGCACACACGCAGUGGAGACACUGGUGCAGACAGUGUGGUGUAUACAUACUUGCUGAAUCGUGGAUGCUCUGAAGAAAGCCACUAUGGUCUGAGAGCGGCCGAAAUGACGGCACUUCCCUCAAACAUAAUCCAAGAGGCAAAGAUGAUUGCCUCCAAAGUUAGCCAGCAGCUUUGGGCCAAACAUCACAGCGAUCCAGAAACACAGAGGCAAAGAGCCGUGUACAAGCUGGCCACCCGCCUCCUGCAGACUGCCAGGAACUCCAGACUCGACCGUGAAAGCUUGCGCAUGUACCUGAAGGGCUUGAAGAAGCAGUAUGAGGCGGAGCUCCUGGCAGCAGGGCAGCCGGCGGCCAUCGACACGGAAGAGGAAUGACCGCUUCGGCCUGAGGAAGACUGACGAGACGAAUGUCUAGUCUCAAAACAAGCAGCCCGAUUAUGACCCGCCCCCGCGAACCAGAAACGGCAGACAGUCUGACGGAGAGCGCAGAAGAAAGCUAGGCUG